AAUUGUGAAGUGAUGGCGUCACAGCGGGUAACUUGACAAUUGCUAUCUUGGCGAUAAGGAAGUUUAUCUUCACGUUUCCGGACUAAAUCCCAAUUUAUUUAACUCGGGGGUAUGUUCAUAAUCUCAUUAGCUAUUUCUGCUAUCGGCAUGUACCUCUUGAGACUGUUGAGCCUCCUAUCAGACACCUGGAGGAGCUGAAGCACAGCAGAGACCUCAGAGCAGCUUGAUACCUACCGACACAGUGUGUGAAGAAUGUCUUCACCCAUAUACUACAAUCAAGACAGUGUGACACGCUUCAAGAAAAGAAAGGCUCGUUUCUCUUUCAGUGAAGUCCACAUAUUGCUGGAUGAAGUUAGGAAGCACCGUAUGGUUGUUGUGGGCAAAUUCAAUCGUGGCGUGCCAACAGACAUGAAAAAGCGCACAUGGGCAGAGAUUACUGCACGGGUCAAUGAGAUUGGAGAGUGCCAACGUGAGGUCAUAGAAGUCAUCAAGAAGUGGUCUGACCUAAAGUGUGACACAAAACGGAAAGUGGCUGCUAUGAGGUCGGGGACAGUGCCCAACAGAGGCCUCAACUCACGCCUUUCCCGGGAUCUUAACCAGACGGAGAAAAUAGUCCUCCAGAUACUGGAGAUGGACGAUGAGGAGCAGAGCUCCGGCGACUUCGGCCCGCUGGGGGAAGACGACGAUGUGCCAGAGGAGGAAGAAGAAUUGGACGAGGACGAUAUGAUUGCAAUGCAGAGCUCUCCUAAUGGCGGGUUGGACAUGACACCUAUGCCUCCACCUUCUUCCUACAAGAUAGGACAGUCAGGGGACUCAUCACAGCCAUCUUUUGAUGUGCAAUAUGAGGUGCCUCCAGCAGAAGAUACUGAAAAUGCAUUUGGAGACUCGGACGAUGAACAAAGAGACGAUAUGCUUCCUUCAACUCAGACGGCAAAGCCAAAAGAUGAUCACCAAGCUAACAACAGCACCCAGAAACAAGCGCAACCUCACACGUCUACUGGAGCGCCGGCAUCUGCGGCUGCGUUUCCGGCGCCCGGUCAGUCCUCGCAGAGCACGAGAGACAGCAUGCUGCACAGUGCGUCGCUGAGCCUUCAGGAGCAGCACGCCACCAACAUCCUGCUGGAGACUGUGUCGCGCUCCCUGGAGCUUCUGUCGGAGUCGGUGCAGCAGCUGGCAGAGACUCAGCAGGAGUUUGUGCGUGAGUCGCUGCAGCUCCAGCGGGAGACGGUGCAGGUGCUCAGAGACUUCACAGGUGGAGCCAUCGCACUCAUGCAUGACAAACUGAAUGGACGGCCGGCGUUAUAACAGCAGUGACACAUGGAGGUGAUGGUCUGUUAUCUCACUGACGUCAUACAUGACCUUCAGGUGCAGGAACUUCACCUGUGGUUUUUAAAUCAGCAGAUUUUCUGUGGUUAUAUUUUAAAACUAUUGGUAGACUCAUUGUAUCGUUGGAAUUACUGUUUGUGUGGUUAUAUGAAAGUGGAUUGCAAAAACAACCAAUAUUAGCCAUAAAGAAAGAACCUGGAGAGUUUUUCGUUUUGCUACUGACAGUGAGACUCCACCACAUUUUCUAUUGAUAAGACAACUUGUUUAAAGCCUCUGAAAAGUUCUCAGAAUGCGUUUGUGUGUCCUUAUGUUGUACGUUUCCCUUACUUUAUGUCUGGAGAUUAUCACGUGUACUGUAAUGGUGAGUGGAUGUCUGCACUUGACCAUUAUAUGGUCUUUAUGUCUGAGCGCUAACUGUGGUGUGUGUUAGAUACUUUUAAAAUACAAGUAAGUAUAUUAUUUGUGAUUGAUUUUGUUUUUUUACAUUGCAAACAUGAACACUUGAAUAUGAAAAUUUCACUAAGUUCUUUUAAAAAUAUAAUAAACUGGUGUAUUUAAACAGAA